CACUGUUUUCACCUUCACCUACCUGCACUGCCCUUCUCACUCUCCUCUCUCUCCCUUUCUUCACACCCAGCAAGAGUAGCAGCACGUAGCUGCAAUUGCAAACGCAUAACGAAAAAAGAAGGAAAAAAAGAGAGAGAAUUAGUGAAGGGAACCAGUUAAUUAGAAGAUGCUACUAGGAAAGAGACCUCGUCCUCCAAUGAAGAGAACCACAAGCAUGUCGGAAAUAACGUUGGAUCUGAACGCCACAACCUCCGAUUCUGACCCUUCUAACCAACACAAAUCAGGUGAUGCUUGUGUUGUGUUAGAUCAGAGCAAUAGGGUGUUGGUAUCACCCAAAAUCCAUAGAAGACAUUCCUCCGAUUUCGUUGACACUCCUAACUUCUUACGCGCUUGCUUUCUCUGCAAACGCCGUCUUGAUUCCGGUCGCGACAUCUACAUGUACAGGGGCGAUAGUGCUUUUUGCAGCCAAGAGUGUCGUCAACAGCAGAUGAACAAGGAUGAGAGAAAAGAGAAGUUUGUUAUGGCGUCGAAGAAACAAGUGGUGGGUUCUCCAGCAUCUGGGUCUAAUGUUGCAACCAAAGGCGAAACCACAGUGGUUGCGUUGUAGUUGUAAAAGCCAAACCAAUGGAUUCGAUGGAUGCCAUUAGUUGCUGUUUGAGGCCUGUUAAAAAAAAAUGUUUAUAUAACUCUCCCUCUCUUUUUACCGUGGCGUCUUUUUGGAUAAUGGGAGUGGGUGGUCUUAUUUGCUUCAAACUUGGCAGGUUAUUAAUAUUUUUGGAAGUGUCUUGUAGUAAUCUCUCAAUGGGAUUUUGGAUCAAUAGAUAAUUA